AUGGACACAUUCAGAGCCGAUGCCGAACAACUACUCCAGAACCUUCUCUGCAAGGAACCAACUGACGGCCAAUACCACGUCCUUGACAUCAGGUCCUCUCUGAUCAAUGACAAAGACACCAAACUCGAGGACAAGACAUUCGACGAUGCGGCGUUACGAAAUUUCAUCGAGUGUCCCAAGCCUACGAACGCAAACUCGACAACUACCAGAAUUGUACACCUGUACUAUCACCAAGACCGUGGAGUCACUUCUGCCUCCUCUGUAUUCCAACAUACAUGGCGGUCAUUCAAUCUCGAACCGUACAUGAUGUACAUGGCACAAUGGAAUGUCCCCGGAUUCUUCCAGCUCCCAUGCAUAGAUUCUCCUUCUGGAGAUCAUGACCGCUUCCUCAAAUUCCAUGCCAACUGUCAAGCACACUUCAUAAUGUGGACAUACGACACCAAGACCCUCUCUACGGAUGGGGUUCUUCUGUCGCGAGACAGCCCUGGAGGGCCUGCCGCUUAUCCCACGGUACAUUCGCAUCUGAAGCGAUACAGUGGUCUUUCAGGGCAUCCGCUCUAUCUCGCCUUGAUGUUUGCACUGGAGAAGAUCGCUUAUAUCGAUCGAUUUCUGAAGAUCCAGCAUAAACGCAUAGGACGUGCGGAGAAAUACACGGGAUUCAGCCAUUUCCACAUCGACAAGCCCUUGUCUCCAAUCCUGGACGCCGAAGAAGCGCUCAAUCAGCUGUCGGACCACUCCCGGUUAGCUAGCAGCGUCCUCGUCGGGCUGGCGGACAUGAUGCAGCACUUGCAGAGCUCGGAGAUGAUGCUGGACGCAAUAUUGAGCUUCGAAUUGCCAACGGCUCUGGCUGGAAUUAACGGCGUUGUGAAGCGCGAUGUCGAGAUCCGACGUAUCGCGAAGCUUCUCGAACCACAGUUGAAACAGAGAUUCAACUACGUCAACUAUAUCAAGCAAAGGGCAGAAAACCAACUCACGGUGAUAUUCAACCUCCUCGCCCGUGGCGACGCACAAACAACCAUUUCAAUCGCGCGUUCCACAAUGCACGACAGCACGAGCAUGAAGACGAUCGCAGUGAUGACAAUGGGAUUCCUGCCCGCGACUUUCUGGGCUGCACUGUUCUCCGUGCCGUCGCUGCACUGGGACCAGCCCACGGUCAUCAGCAGCCGCUUCUGGGUGUACUGGGCUUUCACGAUCCCGACGACGAUCUCGGUCUUCCUCGCCUGGCUGCUCAUCAUGAAUCGUAAUGCGUUGUGGGCUAGAAUGAAGGGCCGAAGGAGACUAUCAGGUUCGGCAAUGAGGCCGAGUGAGGAGACUAAGAUGCCUCCUACAGCAAGUCCUCUCAGCACUGCUGCGGGCUCGGGUGGGAGCAGGAAAGUCAAACACUUGUCGAGCAAUUUUGCGUGA